UAAAAGGGAAAGAAGAAUAAUAUUCAAAAAGCCAAAAGGGAGAGUAAAAGCAAGUAAAUCUUGAAGCAAGCAUCUUCAGCAUCGUUGCAGGAUCAAACGCGUUACUCACAUUUGUUCCAUUACCUGCCUAAGUUACUCGACGAAACUUCCUUCCAGGUUACGCAUCGAGAUGAGUUACUACGAUCAACACCAGCAUCAGCCUCCGAUCGGCGUUCCUCCUCCGCAGGGGUAUCCAACAAAGGAUGCUUAUCCUCCGCCAGGCUACCCAGUGCAAGGAUAUCCUCCACCGGGCUACCCCCAGCAAGGGUACGCUCCACCACAGUAUGCCCAGGCUCCACCUCCAAGGCAAGACACCAGUUUUCUUGAGGGAUGUUUAGCGGCACUCUGCUGCUGUUGCCUGCUGGAUGCUUGCUUUUGAAGAGAGGUGUCUGUUCAGCACAUUCGCGCGGUCAUUCCAGGAGGCAGCAUCAUUGUCAUCUUCUUUCAAGUAUGAUAUAAUUCAAUAGUAGGAUUUCUUUUGUUAGCUUUUGCCACAGACCACAACUUGUAGAAAUGUAUUAGCACGACUCGGAUAUUUUUAAAGACUCCAUUAUUGUCUGAAUUUUUGACA